AUGGAGUUGCAAUUGGGGGAGCUUGGCUACACUCUUAAUGAAGUUGAGCACCUCAAGAGUUGGGUGAAAGCACACUUGUAUCAUAUGUAUGAAACUUAUAAGGGAACGGAAAAGCCACAUGUUAAUGUGCAUGAGAAUGGGGAUGAUGGUGUUGAUCUUGGUGAUGAUGAUGAUAUUGAUGAUGAUGAUGUGGAAUUAAGGAUAGAGCGGAGACUUAAUAGGCAAAUAAAGGAAGCAAAACUCAAGGAGACAGCUAAUGAAGUUGACAAGUACCUUAAUGAUGCAUAUCAAAGUACAAAGGAUGAUGAUUUCGACUUAUUAGGGUGGUGGAAAAGUAAAAUCCCAAGCUACUCUAGUCUUUCCAAGGUUGCUAAGGAUGUACUUGCUUUUCCUAGUUUGACCAUUGCUAGUGAAAAUGCUUUUAGCCUUGGAGGAAGGAUUGUGGAUCCGUUUAGAGCUUCUUUGACAUCUAGGAUGGUCGAGGCCUUAGUUUGCACAAAUGAUUGGCUUAGAAGAGAGGAAUUUCAAUUUCACAAGAAGCCUACAAAAGAAGAGCUUGAGUUUCUACAUGGAACUCGAACAAUUGGAACAAAGUAA